ACGGCCUCUGUCUAAAGCAUAGAGCAGGUAGUGGCUCAUUACGACUUAAAGACGAUCUUUGUGGCCUUUAUCAGUCUGCAGCAACAUCCGGAGCUUUCCUUUCAGCCAUUUCCACCUGCUUCAUUGAGCUAGUGAACCCGGACCGCCUCUGGAACAGAAGCACCCAGCUGCCGUCCUCCGCCGCUCCGCUGAAGCCGCCGGGAUGCAGGAGGAGGCUGGGCAGAGGAGCGAGGAGCAGCCGUGAAGCGACAUGGGCAGCGGCAGAUGGACAGAGCAACCGUGGGCCGACCACUGACACACAGACACAGUCAGCAUGGAGCAGGGCUUCAGUUUAAACUCCCUGAAGAAGCUGGCGGCGGAGCCGGACUACACGGACGUGACACUAACGGCUGCAGAGCGAGUGCGAGCGCUAGCGAAGAUGGGAUGCUGCGUGGAGAUCAAUGAGGAGAUCGAACCCAGACGCUACUUUCGCUCCGGAGUGGAGAUGGAGCGCAUGGCAGCAGUUUACCUGGAGGAGGGCAGCCUGGAGAACGCCUAUGUUCUCUACACCAAGUUCAUCACGCUGUUCGUGGAGAAGCUGCCGAGCCACAGGGAUUACCAGCGAUGUUCGGCCAUUCCAGAGAAGCAGCUAAUCAUGAAGAAACUCCAGGAGGAGGCUUUUCCUCGGAAAGAGGAGCUGAAGAAACGUCUUCAGGAGAAGUACAGCAGGGAGCACUCAGAGUACCUCAGGAGCCAGUCGGUGGCGGUGGAUGGGUGUGGUCAGCGGCUGCAGCGGCUCACCUUGUUGGAGGAAGACAGGCGGCGCAUCCUGCUGUUGGAGGAGGAGAAGCAGCGAGUAGCCGCCCUCCGACGGAUGCAGAUCGAGUCGGAGCAGUUCCGCUACUUUGAGGACCAGCUGAGACGUCAGGAGCUGGCUAAUAAAAAGGAGGAGGCGGAGCUAAAGGAGCAGACUAAAGUGCCUGAGGUCACAGAUGGCUGCUGUCCAUCCAGGCAACCAAUCAAAAGCCGCGCACAUUCUCAGGGGGUGGAUCCCAACAAGAACCGGCCGUCUGUGACCAUGAACCAACCAGUUGCCGCCUUAGCAGCAGUACACAGUCAGAGGGUGGAGGGUCUGAGGCGGGUGGUGAUCCCCAGAGACCUGACAUACCGGUUCCUCCUGCUGGCCGACUCCAACACAGCCAGAGGAAUAGAAACCUGUGGCGUCCUCUGCGGGCGGUUGACCCACAAUGAGUUCCUGCUGACGCAUGUGGUGAUCCCAAAGCAAUCGGCCGGACCAGAUUUCUGUGACAUGGAGAACGUGGAGGAGCUAUUCGGCUUCCAGGAUAAACAGAACCUGCUGACUCUGGGCUGGAUCCACACCCAUCCCACCCAGACAGCUUUCUUGUCCAGCGUGGACCUCCACACUCACUGUUCCUACCAGCUGAUGCUGCCGGAGGCUGUUGCCAUCGUCUGUGCUCCAAAGCACAAUGAUACGGGUGUGUUCAGACUCACCGGUGCGGGUAUGCUGGAAGUUUCUGGAUGCAGACUGAAAGGUUUCCAUCCACACGCAAAGGAGCCUCCUCUGUUCACGGUCUGUAAACAUGUGGUGGUCAAGGACUACAAGCUCAACCUGUUUGACCUCAGGUGACAGAGGAGCCGCUGCCUCCCGUUUACUGCCAUGCUUUUAUUUUGAAGAGGAAACUGUGAACCUGCUGCCUCAGCAUGUGUGGGUUUCCGUUAUUCUGCCUGUUGUCUGUGAUGCAGUAGACGAUUAGUUUACUGCACCUAAACAAACUCAGAAGUGGGACUAACUGAGUGCCUUUAAACUGAACAGUGCAGGAUGAGAGUGUUUGCUUCUGCUCUAUGAACUUAAAAAAUAUGAUUCCUGAAUCUGCUGUGAAACCAGAAAUCCAGUAUUUGUUCUGCACUGAUAUGUUUUAAACACAGCAGAGGGAUUUUAACCCUUUAAUAUUUUUAUCUUAUUUUGAAAAACUGUCGUUUAUUUGUUUUUUCUUUUUUCUUUUUUUACUCUGCAGUUUUAUUUGUUUUUCCCCUGAACAGCUCAGAAACCUGCAGUUGAUCUGAUCAGACCAACCAUCCGUGUGGGAAAUAAGAACAUAAAGGAGUCAUAACCUGGAACAUACCUAAAGUCUAUCCGUGUUUUUUUUUUUUUUUCUUGUUUUUUUGAGUGGGAGUGUGCUCUCCACAAAGUCCAAUUUUGGUUGCAAGGUCCUUCAGCUGGAAUUAUGAUGAUACAAACUCUAUAUUUGAAGAAAUAUGUGGUAUCACUGAUUUAGAAAUAGAAGCUGAAGAAGGAAAUUGUCAUGACUUCAUUAAGAAUUAAACACACGUCUCAAAAGUUCUCUUUUCCGUGUAAGAAAACUUCAAAAGUGAUUUGUUUUUUUAGUCAAUAAGAAACCAUUGAACAAGUAGAGCUUCCAACUAUCAUGAACCCACCUGCAGGCAGUCACUAAUUGUUGGUACUUGCGUAACUUUUUGCCUAUUGUCUAAGAGACCAAACUGCUAAUGCUGCUAAUGCUGCAAAUGCUGCUAAUGCUGCUAAUGCUGCUAAUGCUGCAUCGACAUAAAGGCACUUACGCAAAAGUCUAAUUCUUGUUUAUACCAUUGUGAGGAAAAAAAGAGGCACAAAUAAGCUGUAUUGAUGUUUUAAUUUUUCCUUAAAAUGAUUAAACAUUUAUUUAACGACCGAUUCAGAAGGAUUUUAAAUGUAAAAUUGCAGGUUAUGACUCCUUUAGCUGUAGUUUAUAAAGAGUCAGUCUGCAGGUGUUUCAUGUUUAUGUUCCAGGUUUUACCUCCAAAAGGCCGACCCUGUAGAGAGAAACCUGCAUCUGGAUCUGCCUGCAAUCAGUACUCAGGGCUUUAAUUAACAAUGCUGUAAAUGCUGCUGCCUGUAGCUUCUAGAGCUACAAACGUCUAAAUGAGAAUCUGCCGUCAAGAACAGCUUCAGUCCGAGUGUGACCGGCUCCAAACAACACGCUGUUUCAUCACUUUCUUACUUCGGCAUCCUCACUCAGCAGGUCGCUAACAGCGAUGCACACAUACUGGUUACCUUGGCAACUGCAGCCUGAUAGACUGUGCCAUAAAUUUGUUAUAUUUAUGGUCUGCUAUGGCAACUCUUAGUCUGCUAUUAGUGAUAUUUGCAUUUUAUUCUGGUACGAGUCGAUACGUGCAUGCCUUGAUGAUCAUGUUUUGCCAUUUCUUCCAUCUACUGUCUCUUUUUUUAUGCUUUGUUUGAUUUGUUAAUUGAUUUUAUUUAAGUUGUUUAAAAUUUUGUAAUUUUAAUCAAGUAAAUGAUGGAAGGAAAAGCAAUAAGAAUCGUCCUCAAAAUAUCAACAGCACGUAUCGGAUCGGUUAGACUGAUGUAUCGGUCGAUCUCUAAUACUGCAUCACUACACAGCCAUGUUUGCCAAGAUGAAUUUGGUGUGUUAAAUAACAGUAUUUAAAAAUGGUCAUGGUAGUUUUGUCGUGUAUAGAAAGUAUCGUCUGCAAUUAAGCUUUACGUCUCAUUUCCGUCUGUGUAUCACAGAACAGCAGGAAGCAGAGAAAAAGAAAUUAAUCUGGUUAAAAAAUGUUAAUUUCCCAUUCUAUAUUUUUUUUCUUUGAUCUCAUUGUAUGCUUUUAUGGUUUUUGAUGCAAUUAAGCUAUUUGUAUGCAAUUAGAUUUUUACUUUGAACUUUGUCCAAGCAGCCAUUUAGAUUAAAAGAGGCUUAGCCAAUACUGUGGCUAUAAAGAUAAACGGGAAAUAGCAUAUGUUCAACUUUGAAUACUGUCAGGAAUAUAUAGCAUAUGUCAAGCCUUCCUGAUAGUGUUUGCUUUAUCCUUUUUUGAGCCUGAAAACAAUUUUUGCACCACAUUUCAUCAGCAGACACAAAUAUUGUUGUGCAUCAUCUUCCAGUAGCUUUGAUUAACAAAUGAAAACAAACCAAACUUGAAGGCAAAUAUCCAGAUGCAUUACAUACUGUAAAAACUCAGUAUCAGCCUAAGAAUAGCAUUGCUAUCACUAGCAUCAGUAUUAAGCCGUGUGCGCACGCAUACAUCAACUUGGCAGCUUUACCUCAUGCUUCAAUAAACUUUGGCAAUGCUGUAUUCAGAGCUCUUUGCAUGUCUCAUCUCUAUUAGGGUGGAACUUUUAAUCCACAUGAAUCAGAUGCUUAAUGUUCCAAUAAAAUGGCAUCUUAAUGGCGAGCAGGACAUCAGUUAUUGUUAGUUUUAUUUUAACAAUCAGAAGAAUGCUGUUUUGUUUUAAAAGCCUGAUGCCUUUUAGAGCGUAGGAAUUAAUUCUUCAACUCAGUUUUUAUUUUUGAGUUGAUAUCAAAGUAAAAUGAUGUCUUUUAUUGAUCCCAAACCUUUGAAUUUGGUGGCAAUGCCAUGGUGACAGACUUUUUGAUAAGCCGACAUUGUAUUGUCAUCCAAACAAAUCAAUGUAACGUUGGAUUGUGAUAAAACUGUAUAAAGUUUAUUUUUGGGGGCUUUUUCACACUUAAUGUUGAGUUUUUCUUUUCUUUUUGCACCCAUGCUCAUCCUAUUGUUUCUCUUAUGUACAUAAUAUAUGUAGCUUCUACUAAGG